GAGAAGAUUGUUUCCUGUUUGUCUCAGUGUUGCGUCAAUUGCUUGGUUAUCCAAGGGCUGCCUUUUACAGUUUCAUCAUUUUGACCGAGAUUUAACAGGAAAAUGGAUUCUUUAGUCAUUUGCAUCUUCAUCAAAAGCAAGGGUCUAAGAUCUACGAAAAUGGAUGCCCAUCAUCUGUUCUUGGGGAUAACACUGAUGUGAAGUUGCAAAGAAUAAAUUGUAAAUCUGCUACCAUUGCCGGACCAACCAGAUAUAUGGUCUCGGCGACAUAAAAGGAGAUGUGCUUUAUUUUUCAUUUUUUCUUUUCCUUGAGAGACUUGCCCUGAUACAUCGAUAUGAUGAUAAUCUGAACCAUGCCGAUGGGAGACGCCGGUACACUGUUUGGAUGCUGCCAGUUUUCGGCUGACAUGGCGGCCCAGCCCCGGAUCUUGUGUUUAUAUUCAAGAGAGGGGACUUGCAUUGAAAGUAAGUUUGUUAAAGAUGUGCUCUGCCUAACAGACACCUUCCUUAAACUUCCCGCAAAAUUUUCAAAACUUUUCUCUUUCACCCCAAAAAUUAGACGUUGCUUCUCAUCUCUCUCGCUCUGUAAACACAUGACACCAACUCCUCAACCGCCAUGCCCCACCAACCUCAACCCUCUCUUCUGCAUUAAAAAAUAUCAGCACCACCCUCUGAGAGACAACCAAGACACCCUAGCUUUGGUUAGGGUCUUCGAUAUAAAACCAGGCCGAAGUACAAGAUUGAGAAGAAGAGGGAACCCCUCUUGAAAGAACUGAGGAAUUGGGGAGAUAAAGAGCCGGUGAAGUGGCAAUCAGCAAAAUGAUGGAAUCUGGGGCUCCUUUAUGCCAUACCUGUGGUGAACAGGUGGGACAUGAUGCAAAUGGAGACCUGUUUGUGGCUUGCCAUGAGUGUAACUAUCACAUGUGCAAGUCUUGUUUCGAGUAUGAGAUCAAGGAGGGGCGGAAAGUUUGCUUGCGAUGUGGCUCACCAUAUGAUGAGAACUUGCUGGACGGUGUAGAAAAGAAGGGGUCUGGCAAUCAAUCUACAAUGGCAUCUCACCUCAACAAUCCUCAGGAUGUAGGAAUUCAUGCUAGACAUAUCAGUAGCGUUUCCACAGUGGAUAGUGAAAUGAAUGAUGAAUAUGGGAAUCCCAUUUGGAAGAAUCGGGUGGAGAGUUGGAAGGAUAAAAAGAGCAAGAAGAAAAGGUCUAAUACUAAGCAUGAAACGGAACCAGCUCAAGUUCCGCCAGAACAGCAGAUGGAAGAUAAGCCGUCUGCUGAGGCUUCGGAGCCGCUUUCAAUUGUUUAUCCAAUUCCACGCAACAAGCUCACACCAUACAGAGCUGUGAUCAUUAUGCGACUGAUCAUUCUGGGCCUUUUCUUCCACUACAGAAUAACAAAUCCUGUUGAUAGUGCCUUCGGCCUGUGGCUUACUUCUGUCAUAUGUGAGAUCUGGUUUGCGUUUUCUUGGGUGUUGGAUCAAUUUCCCAAGUGGAAUCCUGUCAACAGAGAAACAUUUGUCGAAAGGCUAUCUGCAAGGUAUGAAAGAGAGGGUGAGCCUUCUCAGCUUGCUGCCGUGGAUUUUUUCGUGAGUACUGUUGAUCCACUGAAAGAACCGCCAUUGAUCACUGCCAAUACAGUCCUUUCCAUCCUUUCUGUGGACUAUCCCGUGGAUAAAGUUUCCUGCUAUGUGUCUGAUGAUGGUGCUGCUAUGCUUACAUUUGAAUCUCUUGUAGAAACAGCUGAGUUUGCAAGGAAGUGGGUUCCAUUCUGCAAAAAAUUCUCAAUUGAACCAAGAGCACCAGAGUUUUACUUCUCACAGAAAAUUGAUUACUUGAAAGAUAAGGUUCAGCCUUCUUUCGUGAAAGAACGCAGAGCAAUGAAAAGGGACUAUGAGGAGUACAAAGUCCGAAUUAAUGCGCUGGUAGCAAAGGCACAGAAAACACCUGACGAGGGAUGGACUAUGCAAGACGGAACACCUUGGCCAGGAAAUAACACACGUGAUCACCCUGGCAUGAUUCAGGUAUUCCUUGGAAACACCGGAGGUCGUGACAUAGAGGGAAAUGAACUACCUCGACUAGUAUAUGUUUCCAGGGAGAAGAGACCUGGCUACCAACACCACAAGAAAGCUGGUGCUGAAAAUGCUCUGGUGAGAGUGUCUGCAGUUCUCACAAAUGCUCCCUACAUCCUCAAUGUUGAUUGUGAUCACUAUGUAAACAAUAGCAAGGCUGUUCGAGAGGCAAUGUGCAUCCUGAUGGAUCCACAAGUAGGUCGAGAUGUAUGCUAUGUGCAGUUCCCUCAGAGAUUUGAUGGCAUAGAUAGGAGUGAUCGCUACGCCAAUCGUAACAUAGUUUUCUUUGAUGUUAACAUGAAAGGAUUGGAUGGCAUUCAAGGACCAAUGUAUGUGGGAACUGGUUGUGUUUUCAAUAGGCAAGCACUUUACGGAUAUGGGCCUCCUUCUAUGCCCCACUUACGCAAGGGCAAGGAGUCUUCAUCCUGCUUCUCAUGUUGCUGCCCCACAAAGAAGAAGCCUGCUCAGGAUCCAGCUGAGAUUUACAGAGAUGCAAAACGAGAGGAUCUCAAUGCUGCCAUAUUCAAUCUUACAGAGAUUGAUAGUAAGUUUAAAUUUUGUAAGAUAGUUGGGUUAGAUGAUUGGUUAACAGAAUUUGAAUCGCCAAGUUAUGCUGGGGUUUUUUCUCUUGCAGAUUAUGAUGAGUAUGAGAGGUCAAUGCUGAUCUCCCAGUUGAGCUUUGAGAAAACUUUUGGCUUAUCUUCUGUCUUCAUUGAGUCUACACUAAUGGAGAAUGGAGGAGUACCUGAGUCUGCCAAUUCAUCAACACUCAUCAAGGAAGCUAUUCAUGUCAUCGGCUGUGGCUUUGAAGAGAAGACUGAAUGGGGAAAAGAGAUUGGUUGGAUAUAUGGGUCAGUCACCGAGGAUAUCUUAAGUGGAUACAAGAUGCACUGCCGAGGAUGGAGAUCAAUAUACUGCAUGCCCGUAAGGCCAGCAUUCAAAGGAUCUGCACCCAUCAAUCUGUCUGAUAGAUUGCACCAGGUUCUCCGAUGGGCUCUUGGAUCUGUGGAAAUUUUCUUUAGUAGACAUUGUCCCCUCUGGUACGGGUAUGGAGGAGGCCGUCUUAAAUGGCUCCAAAGGCUUGCAUAUGUAAACACGAUUGUUUAUCCAUUUACAUCCCUCCCUCUCAUUGCUUACUGCACAAUUCCUGCAGUUUGUCUGCUCACUGGAAAAUUCAUCAUACCAACGCUCUCAAACCUGGCAAGCAUGCUGUUUCUUGGCCUCUUUAUCUCUAUCAUUGUAACUGCAGUGCUUGAGCUAAGAUGGAGUGGUGUCAGCAUUGAAGAUUUGUGGCGUAAUGAACAGUUCUGGGUGAUCGGAGGCGUUUCGGCCCAUCUCUUUGCCGUCUUCCAGGGAUUCUUGAAAAUGUUGGCUGGCAUUGAUACGAACUUUACUGUCACAGCAAAAGCAGCCGAUGAUACAGAAUUUGGGGAGCUCUAUAUGGUCAAGUGGACAACACUUCUAAUUCCUCCAACAACACUUCUCAUUAUCAACGUUGUUGGUGUUGUUGCGGGAUUCUCUGAUGCACUCAACAAAGGAUAUGAAGCAUGGGGACCUCUCUUUGGCAAGGUGUUCUUUGCCUUCUGGGUGAUUCUUCAUCUCUAUCCAUUCCUUAAAGGUCUGAUGGGUCGCCAAAACCGAACACCAACCAUUGUUGUUCUGUGGUCAGUGCUGUUGGCCUCUGUCUUCUCUCUUGUUUGGGUCAAGAUUAAUCCAUUCGUUAACAAAGUUGACAACACUUUGGCUGGUGAAACCUGCAUUUCUAUAGAUUGCUGAGCUACCACCAAGAAGUUUCCCGGUAUUCUGGGGCUAAACCUUUGGAAAUUGGAUUCGAUCCAGAUUCUCCUUUCUCAUAAGAAAGUAAAUAUAGCAGUUAGUUGUUGGUUACAUGAACUCCGAGAUGAUUCUCUAUGAAGUUUUGAACAGCUUGUGUUGCUCUCUUUGCUGAGUUCAAGGUCUAAGCAUUUCUGUGAGCAAUAUUAUGUAAAGAUAUAUAGGUGAUGAUUGACUUUUCUUGUAUUGAGAAAAGCAAAAAUAAUGAAUAGACAUAAUAUUGUUCAUUUAUCA